AGUCCAUAGUCCAUACACAUAAAAGAGUAUGUCGCACGAUGACAUUAUGAUCUACUAUAGUGGUCGGAUACACUGUGGUUUGCGUAUGGUAUGACAUUCUGAUAUACUCGAAAAGCUGUAGUAUUACUUCGAUUUCAGUGUGUAUUCGGCGUCGGUGCGAGGGUUAAUUGUGUAUAAAUAUUGGCUCGAAAUCCCAGGAAAUCGUCACAACAUCACUACCAGACAAUCUAAAUUAUUUACAGCUGAAGUUGAAUACCAAGCCAGUUCUAAAAAUGAAGUUUUCUACAGCCACCCUACUAAUCUGUGCCCUGGCCACAAGCUAUGCCAACGCAUUUGUUGCCCCAGAGAAGGCAUUUGACAGCGACUUUAUGUUGAACAAGCCGCAGCUUACGGGGCCCGGAGGAGGUUUAAAAUUAUCAGUGGGAGAUAACGACAUGCCCAAAUCAUCAGGAGGUGGUGCCAAAGGAAAUUGGCCCGACAUCAAUGGAGUUGGCAUGAGCACAGUAGCCUUCCGCCUCAAUGAAUGUGGUGCCGUCGCACCACAUGUACACUCAGAUGCGACUGAAUUCCAGACAGUUGUAAUGGGCGAAGGUAUCAUCGGAACGUAUGGAGUGGGAGAUAAUAUGCUGAGACUAGAGCACGUCACUAUGGGAGACACAUUUUUCUUCCCUAGAGGCAGUAUGCACUUCCAGAUCAACACAGGCACUCAUUCUUUUGUCUCGGUAGGAGCAUUUGAUGUUUCGCAACCAACUGCUGCACUAGUUGUUGGGUUCGUAGGACAGCUGGGUGAUGCCAAGAAAGCAUUGGGAUUAGAUACCGAUUCAAGUACGGAUACGGACGGCCUCGAUGGCGUGUUCCCACAGUUCAAGAUGUCAAACUGCGAGGAGAUCAUUGAGAUGUUCAUGGAUAUGAUGUAAACAUUAGUACUUUCAGAGGUAUAACUAUCAAACUUGUAAAUACAUGAUUCUGUCGGGUAGUUGCAGAGAAAAUCAAUACUAUCAUUUAAUAAAUCUAAAUAAAGCUGUAUA